AUGACCGAGCGAAAGGACAUUUGGCAAAGUCGGUAUUACGCAAUUCCUAGAUUAUACAUGACCUUAGCAGGACUAUGGCCGUACCAUCCAAUUCGCGAUAGAUAUCUGCAUUUUGUACCAACGUUUACGAUCUGUUCGAUUAUCCUCAUACCUAUGCUACUGUAUGUGCAAAUUGCCAUGACGGAUCUGGAUGAUUUAUUCGAGUGUAUGCCAACGAUACUAAUCACGAUAAUAUUCAGCUUUAAAUUAGCAAGCUUGAUGGCAAACAGUGAGAAAAUAAAGGCCUGUCUUAAGACUAUAGAAGACGAUUGGUUGUCAUUAAAUACAGAUAGCGAGAAGGCUAUUUUACAACGUCAUGCUACAUACGGACAAUAUCUAACGAUAUUUUAUGCAGUCUUUAUGGUGACAACAGGAUUGCUCUACAUGCUCAAGUCGAUCGUGUUAAUAAUGAUAGAGGAUACUUCAAACUCGACCAGAUUGGCCGUAACGAAACUACCCUUCCGCGUGGAAUACGGUUAUAAGAUAGAUCAGUACUUCUAUCCGAUACUGAUUCAUUGUUAUCUAACCGUGUAUUCUCACGUGACCGCCACGGUCGCUGCCGAUACCUUGUACUUCGCUCUGAUCCAACAUGCCUGCGGGAUGUUCUCGGUUGUCGGACACAUGCUGGAACAUAUUGGCGAGAAUAUCAAUGCAAAUUUUGAUCUGAAGCCCGACAAGAAAAACGAUAAGAAUUACCACAAAGCUUUCAAUUGCUUACGCAAGCAUCUGCAUGUAAUAGAAUUCGCAGAACUGAUUGAGUCCACGUUUACACAUAUAUUUCUGGUUAGUGUUAGUUUAAAUAUGAUUGGUGGCAGUAUAUGUGGUAUUCAGGUGUUGAUGAAUCUAAACGACGCAAAAGAUAUAAUAGCACCCCUCGCUAUCUAUGUUGCUCAACUCACCCAUCUUUUCUUCCAGUUUUGGCAGGCUCAGUUUUUAUUGGAUUACAGCGUCGCUCCGUAUGAGUCGAUUUGCAGAGGAAAUUGGUAUUACACCUCGGAAAGAUGUAGAAAACUUUUGCUCCUAAUCAUGAGUAGAACCAUAUUACCAUGCAGAAUAACUGCUGGAAAGGUGGCAACUCUGUCCAUUGAAAGUUUCGGCGUGGUUUUAAAAACGUCAAUGUCUUAUUUCACGAUGCUGCGCUCCUUCCAUUGACAGUUUCAACGUGCGUGUGCCAGGCCAGCUUGAUGAUCCAUGAUUUAAGAAAAUUCUAAUAGCCGCACCUGGCUCAUCACAUCUUUAAGCGACAAUUGGGCUUAAAUUAUUUUAAUUGCCAGAAAUGUCGAAAAUAUAAGAUUUUACGCCAACAAAUUUUGUUCCUUUUUUUUAUCGCACUAAAAUAUUGCGAACUUAGAAGAGAAAUACUGCAUGAUUCCUUUCGCAAUAAUCAAACUCAAGAAUAAAAUUGACUUGGUAACUAUAAUUCAAUUUAUCAUCAACUUCGUUCAAUGAACGAUAAAAGCGUUAUUAUAUUCCAAACAUUGUAGCGAGAUAUAGUUAGU